UCAAUAUUCUGCCUAACCUAUAAUAUAUGUACAGCUUUUUACGAGUAUGUUACAAAAAAUAAUGAAUUUCUAUGUGUUUUAUAACUUUUUCUCUAAAAGAAGUCGAUAAAAAUAUUCGAACCUUAAUACUCCUUGCAGAAUAAAUAAAUUCUAACCCAGUUUUUUGUUACCUGGAUGCUUGAAAAAUCUAGAAGAUAUUUUGUUAAUGUUCAAUGCUAAGAUCUUGUCUAGAACAUGGAACGUCUCCUGUGAUACCCAUUAACUGCUUAUAAACUUAUUUUUGGUAUUUUGAGUAAAAGUUCAGGCUUUGAUUGGAUAAUGUUGGGAUGAAAAACACCUGAGUUUUCAACAUCACUUCAAAAAGGAUAACAUUAGAACUACCGAAGACAGGCAGUAGUCAAAUCAAUAAAAAAUGUUUGAGAAUGUAGACAGCUCUGAAAUUUUCUCCAAGCUUCUAUCAAAAAUUGGAAAUAUAUUCCAUGGACGUUCGGUGGGAGAUCAGAGUAUUUUGAGUAAAUGUUUGGAUGACCUCAACUCUUUGAAUUAUAAAUAUCCAGUGGUUAAAAAUCCUACGACAGCUGUCCUCUUGAUCAAUCAGUGUUGCAGUUUAAUUCCAACAGAUGACAAAAUACCAGUGGAGAAAUGCAGCAAACUCUUAUGGAAUCUUAGUCAGCAAAAUAUCAACGUGGAAGGUAGAACUCUGAUGGUUGCAAUUCAGUGGUGCCUGAGUUGUCUCAGAAAUGAAAAUAAGGACAUUUUUUUCAAUAUACUGCAGGCUAUGGAGGCCUUGUUGCGGAAUAAUGCACCCAACACUCCAACAAUUGUUGAAAUUGCCUCAAAAGAAAUAAAAAAUUUCGUUUUGAACAGACAAGAAAUGUGUUGUCCAGAAGUGAUUUUGAUGGCUUUACAGUGCCUUGAAGCCUGCACUUUAGUCAAGUCUCUUGAUAAAAAUCCUCACUUACAGCUCUGCGCCGAAACAUUCAUUUUCCAACUGGAAAGAAAGUAUACUUGUAAAACAAAUUUAACAGAAGACAAGGUGAUACAAAUUUGUUUGUUUGGACUUCAAAAUAUAAUGAGUACAAAAGGACAGGAUUAUCUGAAAAGUGAACUGGGACUUCUACUGGGGUUUGUUAAAUCAUUUAUGCUUUAUGGUAUAGAGGGGAUAGACUUUUUACCACCCCAAAAGUUGAUGCCAUCUGCAUUUAGUGUUCCAGAGCAAGCCCCAGCUUCAAAUCAUAAGAAAGGAGGAAAGCUCACAAAAUAUAGGAGACACAGGUCAUCAGGUGUGCAUAAAAAAGAAAUACUCAAUGCGGAAGAGUCUCAUUUUAAUAAUUCAGAUUACAUUCCUGCUAACCCUAUAUUCGAAAACAUUUCAGGAAUUGAACCUAGUAAUACCUUUCUUGAAGACAGACUGAAAACCAGUGACUCAGAUUUUUCCGAUAAUGAAGCUGGUAGGCAUUCGAAAGUGCGUCAAAUGAAAGCAAGAGUUCGAUUGGUAGCAUUGAACUUAUUUUAUACUAUUGUUAAGAAUACUGAAAAAAACGCCUUUCUUUCGUAUUGGUCUCAUUUUAUACCAGAAGAUAGUGGGUCAAGUCAGCAUAAUUUAGUCAUCUGUAUUCUCAAAGAUCAUUCUUUCAAAAGCAGGAUGGCAGCUUUGAAUGUGCUUUUGUUACUUCUAACUUCUUCAAAAAUGUUUUUGUCGCAAGCAGAAUUCAGAAUUGAUCCGCAUACCAUUUUUGACAUGAGAUUUUAUUCCAUUGAAUUUCUGUGUGUUACAGAUGCAUGUGUUCAAGUAACUGCCCUAAUAGUACUCGGAUGCGUUUUGGCCUCAGAGCCGGUGUUGCCAGAAACAUCUGAAGCAAUACUGUUGAAAAAUCAUCCAAAUCAAGCAAAAAAAUCCGUUGUAAGGGAUGGUUCAAAAAAAGAAAACGAAAGCCAAGAUCUUGACGAAAUUGAUUUCGCUGAAUUUUCAGAAUCUGACUCUGAGGAAGAUAUCCCUGGGGAACUGCCAUGGUUGCUUGCAAAGUGUCUUAGCAAUUUGGGUGUAACAUCGGAUGAACAAGUAAAGGUACGUGAAUGAUAUCACAAUAGUUUCCAUUGUAUGACUAUUAAC